AUGGGGAAGGUGGCAGCCUUAAUUAUUGAAACACGGUGCGAAAAUGAGACUGAAGCUCUAAUUCGCAUAGCGUACAAUAAAUUAAUUACAAGGAGGAUCAUUGCUAAGAGACAAGUUUAUUGUGACUGGGACGAAUACGAUCUUGAUGUUCAGUGUUGCAAGAAAUGUGAACGUGGUUUUGUUAAAAAUAUCACCUGCCCAACAGAUAUUAGCAAACACUGCGUUCCAUGUGAAAAUGGAAAGGAGUACAUAGAUCAUCUCAAUGAUUUGGCCAAGUGUUUGAGAUGCUCUUCAUGUGACAGCAUAUUUGGUUUGGAGGUUGCAAAGAACUGUACACCAGCACAGAACACGCAAUGCACCUGUGCAAAGAACUAUUUUUGCAAUUCUUCUGUACCAUGUAGGCAUUGCGAUCCGUGUACCAUAUGUGAAAGUGGUGUAAUUGAAAAACAAUGUACUUCAACUUCAGACACUGUGUGCGGAGUGAAAGACAACAGAAAACAGAAGGCUGUUAAUAGCAAGAGCCUCAAUGAUAAAAUACCCGAACCAGACAUUUCUGAUGAGAUUGUACCUCUCAGAGAAGAUGUCGACCUGAGCAGCCAUGUUGUUGAUAUUGUGGAGGAGCUGACACUCGAAGACACAUUGAAAUUUGUUCGUUACCACAAAGUAUCAGAAACUAAAAUAGAUGAGAUUUAUCAUGAUAAUAAUGAUACAUCUGAACGGAAGAUCCAUCUUUUUCGAGCCUGGCUUCAAAGACAUGGGAUGAACGGAGCCUAUGAAACCCUGAUAAGAAGCCUGAGAAAGCUUGACAUGCGUGCUGUAGCUGAUAAAAUUGAGAGAAAACUGCAGGAAGCUGUUUCCAACUGUCGUAAAGGGGGAUAGUUGUACAAGGAUGACACUCAGCAAAGCAACACAGGGAGCACUCAGGAAGGUAGAAUCUACAAUUACAGUGCUGAGCUAAAUAAAACCUGUUCUGGAAGUUUGGAAGAGACAUAG